AUGGAACAAUUCAAAUGUACUGCAACAUCUACAAGUCUCGGCAAAUGUGUUCAUUCAAAAAUGUUUGAUCAACAAUGUGCUGGUGAUAUGUAUGUUGGCGUUGUGUAUCGACCACCUGGAAGUGGCUCUCUGUGUGACUUAUCAACAUGGAAUGAAAAUGGCAUCAUAAUUGCUGAAAAUCUCCUUGAUCCUCGUGAUUUAUUUCUUGAUGAUGAAUAUAUCUACGUAUCGGAAACAUUGAACAAUUGUUUGAUGAGAUAUCACUUAGGCUCUACUGAAAAAGUAGUGAUAUUAAAUAAUGUAACAGUGCAUGCCAUAGCAUUGAACAAAGAAGAACAAACUAUUUAUUUUUCACAAGAAUCUGCUAAUAAAGAAUCUAUCAAUCGAAUUGCUAAAUAUGGACAAGCCGAAGCGAGUGUAGUCGUUUCGAGUGAUCACAUUGGAAUCAUCUACAGUUUAUUGGCUAUGAACGAAAGCUUAUAUAUCUGUGAUAGAAAUAAAAAUCGUGUCAUUUUGUGGUCGACUAUCGAACAAAACUUUACCAUCAUUGCUGGUGGUAAUGGUAUCGGUUCUGGACCAGGUGAACUGAGUGCGCCAGAAGGUAUUUUCGUCGAUGUAAAUGGUGAUACAUACAUAGCUGAUACACUCAAUCACAGAAUACAACUUUGGAAGAAUGGUGCUACAGAAGGAAUAACCGUCGCAGGAAAUGAAGAUUCUAGGCAUGGUCAAGGUUUGAAUGAAUUACAUAGACCAAAAGCAAUUUUUGUUCAUGGAGAGACAAUGUUUAUCGCUGAUAAUUAUAAUAAUAGAAUUGUCAAGUGGAAGAUUGGCGAUAGUCGAGGAUUAGUAAUUGUCGGUAAUAAUAGCACUGAAGCUGGAAAUGGUUUGAAUCAGCUGAAUAAUCCAACAAGUUUGAAACUUGACUCAAAUGGAAAUUUGUAUGUAGUUAAUAGUGGCAACGGUCGCGUACAAAAAUACAUAGUCGAUAAUAGUCUAUGCUAG